CGAUCCCGAGUUUCAGAAGCUGCUUGACGCCACCGAUGGAAAGAUAAAGCUUUCUGAUCAUCUGCCUGUGCUCGACGACGAGGAGAAAGACUUUGCUGUUGGAUCUAUGGGCGUCAGGCCUAAGGAAUUUAGCCUUGCAUCAAACUGCCGAGGGCAUCGACAAAGCAAAGUAUAAAGGAGACUGGCAGUUUCUGCAGGGAAAACGAGGCGCUAUGCUCGUGAUGUACAAACCCCGUCUAGAGCAUUUUCCUAAAGGGAAGGUGUUUGAAGCGAUCUACAAGGUUCCAGAGCUCAAGGACAAGUACGUCGUCCCAUCGGUGUACAAGUGUCGUGCAUAUGUUACCUAUUUGUCCGAGAAGGCCGGAGAGAAGAUUUCGUUGGCUCUCCUCCCGAAAUCUGGCAAAGAGAACGAGACGCAGCUCAACUGGUGGACUGAUUCAAAGAUAGAAAACCUUCAAACCAAGACGGAUAAAGACUACGUGUUCUCGCCACUUUUCACUUGCAAGCGCAAGAUCCCCUUGAUUCGUCCUCUGAUGCGCGACUCACCUACUCCAGACCCUGAGGAUGCCGACUUCUGGAUGGAUGUUUACCCGCCUUGGGAGCCACUCGAUGAUGAUGGAGAGAUCGAUCCAGUAUAUGAUGAUAAUCAAGAGGAUGACCCGAACGUAUACAACCCGCGAAGAGACUCUGAAUUUGUGCCAUUCCCUAUUUCAGACGACGAUGAGUGAUGACUUGUUGGGACCUUUUCUUCUUGUUAUAUUAGGUUGACGUUGCCAUAUGAGAUGUAUAAUUACUUGUGUAGUGGAUGUUCGAGUACAAGACUAUUUAUGCAGUGCCCAUAUCUAGGUUUGUCACUCGUGUCGUAAUCU